CAAAAAACAAAACAAAAUCCGACUAAGUCCAAUGUCCACUUGCAUUAUAAAGUGACCUAGACCUAUGCGACUAUUAUAAAAACCAAGACCAGCAAACAGGGGAAACUAAAAAAGAUCUGGUUUGAAACAUUGUACAAGGACAAAACCAGCAGGGUUUGUUGCAAACCUUGACGAUGGACACAACUCCCAAUGUUAACCAUAUCUCAGAGUGUUUCAUCAAACCUCAUUACACCCCAGAAGAUUCAGAGAAUCCCUUGUACUUGACACCAUGGGACCUUGCAAUGCUUUCCGUUCACUACAUCCAAAAGGGCCUUCUCUUUGCCAAACCUCACACCAACAAAGAUGAAAAUUUCAUGGGAUCUCUUCUUGACAGGCUCAAGCAAUCCCUCUCUGUUGCCUUGGUCCACUUCUACCCACUUGCAGGCCGUCUCAAAACCGUCAAAACCGAAAACCCACACUCGUAUUCUGUCCACGUUGACUGCAAUGACGGCCCCGGAGCAAAAUUCAUCUAUGCAACUCUAGACAUGACGGUAUCUGAUAUCCUGUCGCCCGUUGAUGUCCCUCCAAUUGUUCAGUUAUUCUUCGAUCAUGACAGGGCUGUCAACCACGAUGGUCACACCACAAGCUUGGUUACGAUUCAGGUGACUGAGCUGGUGGAUGGGGUCUUCAUAGGAUGUUCCAUGAACCAUGUCAUAGCCGACGGAGCAUCGUUCUGGAACUUCUGGAACAUGUGGUCUGAAAUCUUUAGAGCGAAGGAUAACAAAAACAAACAAAUCUCGCGCCCACCAAUCUUCAAGCGCUGGUUUCCUGAAGGUCACGGACCAAUUCUAAGCCUUCCUUACAAGCAUCCUGAUGAGUUCAUUGGCAGAUUUGAAGCACCGAAACUGAGAGAGAGAGUCUUCCACUUCUCAGUGGAAUCAAUUGCCAAACUCAAAGCGAGGGCUAAUUUGGAGUAUAACACCCGCAAAAUCUCUUCCUUCCAGUCCUUGUCUGCGCUUGUGUGGAGGUCCAUAAUAAGGGUCCGUAAUCUACCACCUGAUCAGGUAACAAGUUGUAGGCUUGCAGCCAACAACAGAGCAAGAUUGGACCCACCCAUAUCGGAGAAUUACUUUGGGAAUGUGAUUUACCCAAUAAGGGGAUUCACCACGGCUGGUGAAUUGCUUCAAAAUGAUCUUGGCUGGGCUGCUUGGAAGUUGCACGAGGCCGUGGUCAACCACAAUGACAAGUCAAUUCGCGGGCUGCUUGAUGCGUGGCUUAGGUCUCCAACUGUGUACCAAAUCGGUAAGCUGUUUGAUCCUUACAGUGUGAUGAUGGGGAGUUCCCCGAGGUUCGACAAGUAUGGAAACGAAUUCGGGAUGGGGAGAGCGUUGGCGCUUCGGAGUGGAUAUGCGCACAAGUUCGACGGCAAAGUGUCGUGCUAUCCGGGACAUGAAGGAGGAGGGAGCAUUGAUUUGGAGACGUGUCUUCCGCCAGAGACAAUGCGCGCACUUGAAUCUGAUAAGGAGUUCAUGGAAGCCGCUGGUUUAUCACCCCUUUAGCUGGGAACUUGUUUUGGAAAGUUGAAUAUUAAUCUAUUCAAUGAAAUGAUGUGCCAAGCCUAACACUGUAAGGAACGUGAGGAAUAAAAUGAGUGACCUUUUCUUUUUGUUUUUUGUCGUUAAUUAUUCUGCUGUAGUAGAAACAGAGACGACGGAUAUUGCCAUAUUGAAAGAUAUUUGGAUAAUAGAAUUAGUUGAAUUCAUGUAUGCAAAUAUGUUAAUCAAUGGAACAAUAUGGGCUUGUUCUUUUA